UUGUUUACUAAGUAUUUUCACUUACAUCCACUCAUUCCUAUUGGGAGUGGAGAAUUUUUAUCAAGGGAAGACAUUUGGAAAUUAUCAACAGAAGAAAUGUAUAACUUUUAUUAUGAAAAUGACUUAAAAUAUGUCUGGGCUUACAUGUGGUGUAAUUGGUAUAAAUUUAAUUUAUGGGUAUUAUGGGUACGAGCAACAGAUCCAGAAAAAAUUUGUAUUUUCAAAACUACAAUGUUAGUAGAAUCUCACUGGAAAGUAAUCAAGAGGAAUUAUUUGCCCAGAUUUUUUAGACCGCGUUUAGAUUUGGUCACUUUUAUUAUAAUAACAUGUUUAUUAUCUCAUAGUGAAGCCAUGUAUAACAAAUAUAAAUCAGGAAGGGAAAAAGUUUCUUGGAGAAAAGAAUUUAAGAAAUGUUGGAAAAAUUUAGCAAAG